ACAGAAAUAACUGUUAAAUACCAAUAACUUUUAUUAAAAUAAGUUUGUUUACGUAAUUAAACAAAAACAUAAGCCUCUCGGAAACUUGACAUUUACGCAUUUCCUACAUUUCGCUAAAACUGGAUCAUUUAUUGAUAAUAUAUAUAAACAGUCGAAAGUUGAUGACAAAGCACAGUUACCGACGAAGUCACAAGUCCAUUACAUCAACAUGAAGAUCAUCCUAGUUCUCGCUUUUGUGGCCGUAGCCAGUGCUGAAAUCUCCAGUUUUGGGUAUCAAGUAGCAGACCCUUACACUGGCGACUUCAAGCACCAGUACGAGACGCGGGCAGGAGACCGGGUGCAGGGCCAAUACGGGCUUCUAGAAUCCGAUGGGACCCGGCGGACGGUAGACUACACCGCUGGCUCGGAAGGCUUCAACGCUCUUGUGCGGAAGGACCCUGCCGUGUUCGCGCCUUUCGCUGCUCCCUUUUCCCCUGCAGCCAUCGCCUCAUACCCUUAUGCGUAUGGACCUUACACACCAUAUGUAUUUUCGCGGUAUGGCGCUUAUGGAUACGCGGCUCCCUAUGGUUAUCGGCGGUUUUACUAGAUAUCGAUUUUGAUCUGUUAAAUUUCGCGUAUUUUGGUUAAUAGUUCGAUUGUUUUAUUUGAAUUAAGUAGUCAAAAUUGUAAUUGCUGUUAAAAUGGAGAAUGUUGUAAAUAAUUGUGCACCUAUG